AUGCCGGUAGCUGCUCUGGUCAUCAAACUAAUCAAAAAAGAGAUCUUGUGCGAUUCUGUCAUCAUGAUAACCUCGAGAUCAGGCAAAGCCGACGAGUUGGACGGAGAACUCCACUUUGACCGAUGUGUGGAAAUAACAGGUUUCUCAGAAGAACAGGUCCUUCAAUAUGUUGAGAAGUAUUUCAACUCUAAACCAGAAGAAGUGAAAAAGAUGGCCAUGGAGAAAGUCAAAGGAACCGCACAUUACAUGUCAUUUGGUCGCGUCCCUCUGAGGUGUUUGUUCGUGUGCCAAGUCAUCGAGUGGCAAAUCAAAAACAAAAUUACUAGAAAUAAUUUAGUUCCUCUUACUCUCACUCAGUUUUAUCGUGAUAUUAUCAGUUGUCUAGAAAGAGCUAAUAGAGAGAUGGAUAGUUUAGAUAAGGAAGAGGCUUCGCUGGCUGUUGAGAAAACCCUUGAUAACUUUUCUGAACUAGCCGCACAUGAUUCUCCAUUCCCACAAACAACUCUUGAGUAUAGUUUCUCACAUUUAACCAUUCAAGAGUUUUUUGUUGCUUGUCAUUUGGUGAAGAAGCGCGCAAUGGCCGCACAAGGAACCUCUAACAUGGUGCACAUAUUCACGAGUGGUUUGUUGGGUUUAGAUCAGGAGAACAACAACGAUAAAUUUAUGUCGAAAGUACUAGAGUCUGUAUGUAAACAAGGGAUGCAUAGAUGGAUACAACGCGUUGUGUUAUUGCGCUGUCUCCAUGAGUACGGCCAAGAGAAAGAAUUCACACGACAAGAACUGACUACAAAUCGUGACUACAGAUACUGGGAUAGUCUUGGGUGGAUUGCAUUACAUGGUGUAACCGACACGGACUGUGAUGCACUCGCUAUGUUAUUAGAAUCCACUGCUACAUCAAUAUCAUCACCACCAGACAGAUUGGACAUUGUUAGAUCACAGAUAACCAUUACCAUGUUAAAUAGAUUGUUGUCAUCUCUUCAUUCAAACUCCACAAUCACUGCACUGGGGCUGGCGAUGUGUAGUUUGUAUGAUGAUCACGUAAAGUGUUUGUGUAAUCAUUUUAACAACACUCACAUCACCUCGCUAAACCUGUCUUUCAAUAACAUAACAGAUGUAGGGGUGCAUCACAUUGUACAUAGUAACACAGCUAGUAAACUAACCUAUCUAAACCUGGCUGGCAAUAACAUAACAGAUGUAGGGGUGGAUUACAUUGUACAUAGUAACAUAGCUAGUAAACUAACCUAUCUAAACCUGCUUGGUAAUCCAGUAUCUGUAGAAGUUAGUUACGACACAGCGGCCGUCUUGGAGGAACUUUAA